UACUAGCAGUGCUAGCCGCUUGAUGUAAUAGCCUACACGGCCUACACAGUUCUUUCGUGGUUUAUACAACAUGGCGGCAGGUGAUGAAGUUUGUGUUGCUGCAUUAGUAUAUGAUUAUUUAUUGAAGAAGGACACUUCACUUGCACAAAUAUUUCAGAAGAAGACAAAGGCAAGCCCCCUGGCAAAAGGCUCACCUACUAUAUUAGAUGUGUAUAAGCAGUAUCAAACAAACUCUUUACCAAAGAAGAAGGUUCAAGUACAGGGCCAUGUGGCUCCACAGGAAUCAGAGUCAUCUGACUCCAGUUCAGAAUCUGAAGAAGAUGAUCCUAAGAAGCCAGUUGCUCCAGUUAAUGGCAAAGUAGCAAAGAAGCCACCAGCAAAAGAUUGUAGCUCAGAAGAGAGCAGUAGUGAUGAUUCUGAGGAGCCCCCAGUGAUAGCUCCCCACAAGCCCCAGCAAGUGAAAUCUCCCCCAAAACCACCUCCAGUUCCGAAGAAGCAGCCAAAGAAGAAACCGGAGAGCAGUAGUGAUGACAGUAGUAGUGAAGAGGAAGCACCCACAGUGCCAGUCAAGACUUCACCUGUGAAAUCUCCUGGCCAGAAACCUCCUAAGAAUGCACCUGUAGUUCGGAAGAAACAAGAAUCGUCAUCUGACGAGGAUAAACCAAAAGCAAAAGCUGUGUCCAAGCCUUCUCCACCGAAGUCUCCAGUCAAGACACCAGCAAAACCUACAUUAUUAAAAAAGAAGCAGGAGUCCAGCUCAGAAGAUUCCGAUGACAGCUCUGACGAGGACGCACCAGCUGUUACAGUUCCACUGAAGGCGAAGGUAACUCACCCCAUAGCUGCACCAGUUCGUACAAAACCAGAGUCCAGCUCAGAGGACGAUAGCAGUUCAGAUGAUGAGGCAACACCUCCAAAGCAACCAGUAACCACUCCAGUCACAUUGAAGAAGUCAAACAAACCAGUAUCAACCCCAUACCCUACAAAGAAGCCGGUGGAAGAGUCGAGUUCAGAGGAAUCAAGCUCAGAAGAGGAUGCACCAGCAAAACCACCUGUGAAAGUACCAGCAAAGCAGACACCAGCCAAGAAAGCAGAGUCAAGUUCUGAUGAUUCUGAUGAUACUUCAGAUGAUGACGAACAGAAACCUCCUACAUCAGCAGCCAAGAAACCAGUUGUACCAACCGCUGCUGCUCAGAAGAGACAGCGUGAAGAUUCUAGUGAAGACAGCAGUGAUGAUGAUGAUGAUGACGACGAUGAUACAAAGAAGGCAGAUGCAAAGCAGAAGAGUAAAAAACAAGCACUCGAACCGUAUUCCAACUUUGUUAAAAGUCGUAAUUCCUUCGGCGGACCGGAAAAGGCAAAGAACACACCAUUCCGAAGAGUGCGUGAGGAGGAGGUACAGAUUGACCCUCGACUUUUGAACAAUUCAUUUGAAUCAAAGAAGGGUGCUAGGGGUUCAUGGGGAGAACGUGCCAACCGGGAUCUGAAGUUCGCUCGAGGAAAGAGCUUCCGACAUGAAAAGACAAAAAAGAAACGUGGGAGCUAUCGUGGGGGUCAGAUCUCCAUGGAAGUCCAUUCAAUUAAAUUUGAUGAUUAAGAUGAUUGUACAAUAGGGUGACUGCAUCUGUGAGAACACGUGUGACACUUAAUAGCUUAAAUCAUCUUGUGUUAGUGACCUGUGAACAGCCUUCAAUGCGUAGAACAGUACAGUCAUGUUUUAUUGGUAUUAAAGUGUACUUCACAGCCUUCUCAGAAGUGAUCCAUUCUUUUGUUAUAUAGAAACAUGAACUGUUGCAGUCUCACUGGUAUUUGAUAAUGAACUGAGUCCCCUAACACUGUUUACGAACUGUGUAUUGGAAAUAAAGGUAUGCUUGUUAUA